CCCCAGCCCCGCCAGCCCGAGCGCUCGGAGGUAGAGAGGAAAGGUCUGGACAGGGUGGCUGGACCAGUGGCAGAAUCCAGUGGCAGACUCUGGACUUGAGGGUUCUAGGCUGUGGUCUGUAGAAGCAAAGGACAGAAGGACUCAAAUCCAGGCCAAAUGUAUGGCUGUCUGAGGUGUUGGAACAGAAGGAGGUCCAUUCCUGUUGGUGACAACACUGGCCCCGUUCUGGGAUGACCGAGGUAUAAAGGUUGCCCCCAAGAAAGUGCAGCGGAGUCCUUGCGUCUUGUGGCAGCUGACGUGCCCAGCCCUGAGUCCGUGGGAGCUGAAGGCAGCCCGGCCCCUUCUCAUGGGCAGCGCCCACCUGUGCUGAGGUCCUGCUGCCGUGGCAAUAAGAGAUGUCUGCCAGGCCACAGUCCAGGCUCCACAGGAGAAAUUUAGAACCUACCGAUGGGUCCCCCCUCAGGCCUGCUGACUCCAGCUCCUGGCACCAAACCCUGCUUCUGCUUUAUCUACAGUUCUCCUGCUGGGACACCGUAUCUUCCCUUGAGGAGCUGUGCAAUCAGUUGUCCCUGAAAAUGUCUGACAGUCUGGAUAAUGAAGAGAAACCCCCAGCCCCACCGCUGAGAAUGAACAGUAACAACCGAGAUUCUUCAGCACUCAACCACAGUUCCAAACCACUUCCCAUGGCCCCUGAAGAGAAGAAUAAGAAAGCCAGGCUUCGCUCUAUCUUCCCAGGAGGAGGGGAUAAAACCAAUAAGAAGAAGGAGAAAGAACGCCCAGAGAUCUCUCUUCCUUCAGACUUUGAACAUACGAUUCAUGUGGGGUUUGACGCAGUCACCGGGGAGUUCACUAACUCCCCCUUCCAGACUUCUAGACCUGUGACGGUCGCUUCAAGUCAAUCAGAGGGAAGAAUGCCAGAUCUCUAUGGCUCACAGAUGUGCCCAGGGAAGCUCCCAGAGGGAAUCCCUGAGCAGUGGGCACGGUUACUCCAAACCUCCAACAUAACAAAACUGGAACAGAAGAAGAACCCACAAGCCGUCCUGGAUGUUCUCAAAUUCUACGAUUCCAAAGAAACGGUCAACAACCAGAAAUACAUGAGCUUUACGUCAGGAGAUAAAAGUGCACACGGAUACAUAGCAGCCCAUCCCUCGAUAACGCUACUAUGA